CUUGCUGAGGGAUCUUUUGGCGUUCUUUAUGUAGCAAUACAUGCUAUUACUCGCCAACGUGUUGCUGUUAAAAUUCUUGACAAACUGAAGCUUGGACCUGACAUCUCUAGAGUGAAAGGGGAGAUUGAAGCCUUAAAGGCCUUGAACCACAAAUAUAUAUACAAAUUGUAUCAAGUUGUAGAAACGAAUAGUCAUUUUUAUUUAGUAUUUGAAUAUCUUCCUGGAGGAGAACUGUUCGAUUACAUCCUUCAAAAAGAAAAGCUUUCAGAAGUUGAAGCAAGAGUUAUCUUCAGGCAAAUCGUUUCGGCAAUAGGGUACGCCCAUCAUAAAGGCUUUGCCCACCGUGAUCUAAAGCCGGAAAAUAUUCUACUUGAUAACGAUCAGAACAUCCGCAUAAUAGACUUUGGACUGUGCGCCAGGUUAUCCGAUAAAUCUAUGCUUAACACGUUUUGUGGUUCUUUGGCCUAUGCUGCGCCAGAGGUAUUGGCAAACGAAAAUUAUUCUGGAAGCGCCGCUGAUAUAUGGUCUAUGGGAGUUAUACUUUAUGUUUUGUUAUGUGGCUCUCUUCCCUUCGAUCCUAACGAUUUCCGAGACCUCCCAAAUAAAAUCGCUGAGGGCCAGUUUUCAAUUCCUGAAGGGUUAAGUCAGAACUCGAAGCUGCUUCUUUCCCAGAUGAUGUGCGUUGAUCAAAGUAAAAGGAUAAUAAUGUCCGACUUGCGAUGCCAUCCUUGGAUUGUUGAAGGCUUUAUGGGUCAUCCAGUUGAUUUGGAUGAAGAACGGCAAGCGUUUUUCAACUUGAAUGCUUAUAUCAUCGACGAAAUAUCUCUUUAUACUAGGAUCCCACGUGUUGAAUUAGUACGAAUGCUGUCUAAACGUCAAUACGACUAUAUCAUGGCCACAUAUCUGAUCUUAGAAACCGCCUUAAAUGAGGAAGAUGUUUUUAUUCAGCUACAUUCCUCAGAUCCUCGUCAGCGCCGAACUACUUUAAGGUAUAGACAACGUUUUUUGGGCUCUUCUGCACUCCCUCCCAGCGGAGCUAGUCAACCCUGUUCAGCUGUAAAGAAAUCUGUCACUAUAUCACAAUCCUCAUCAGCACAAACUUAUUGUUAA